AUGUCGCCUCUGGUGGAAAAAAUCCCAACUGCUCAAGUAACAGCCGCCACCAACGCCUCCUCAUCAUCUUCAUCUUCGUCCUCAAAAGUUGAUUUGAUUGAAAAAGUUGCCCCAGUCAUCCAGGAAGAGCAAGAGAUUUACGAUUAUGACGACAGCUUAAACUACACCACCCACUACGUUGACGAGUACAACCCCAAAGGUCUAAGAAAACCAACCGACGAAGAAGCCGAGCUGUUGCGCAGAGUUCUUGGCGAUUUGAAAUGGCCAACGUAUUUGCUUUGUCUAGCCGAGCUUGCUGAGCGUGCAUCCUACUAUUCGUGUUCCAACUUGGUUGUCAAUUUCAUCAUGCGGCCAAAGCCACAGGGAAGUCGCUGGGGUGCUCCAGUGUCCACGACAUCUGACGAAAGUGCCGGUGCUUUGGGACAGGGUCUUCAAACUGCAACCGCUUUAACGUUGUUGUUGACAUUUUUGGCCUAUGUUAUUCCAUUAUACGGUGGUUUUGUCGCAGAUGCACACAUUGGCAAGUUCAAAGCCAUCAACUAUGGUGUGUGGAUUGGCGGCGUGGCCCACCUUUUAUUCAUCAUUGCUGCAAUCCCACCCGUGAUGGACAAGGUAAAGGCUUCCUUAGCGGUGAUUGUUUUGGCCAUCAUCACCUUGGCCAUUGGAACCGGGUUGAUCAAACCCAACUUGUUACCUUUGCUUUUGGACCAAUAUCCAGAAACCACCGACGUGGUAAAAGUCUUGCCCACGGGCGAAUCGGUCAUUGUUGAUAGACAAAAGACAUACCAGAGAAUGACACUCAUCUUUUACUGGUCAAUCAACAUUGGUGCGUUUUUCCAGUUGGCUACAUCCUAUUGUGCCAGAAGAGUCGGCUUUUGGUUGGCCUUUUUCGUGCCCAUGAUUAUGUAUUUGUUUUUGCCAGCCAUUCUUUGGUGGGUCAGGCCCCAGUUGAAAGUUGAGGAACCACAAGGGUCACUUUUGACCAAUGCUGCAAGAAUAUUUAAAAUCACCUUUAGUGGCAACUUUAUCAAGCGUUGGAAGCAAGGCUCGCUCUGGGAAUACGCCAAGCCUACCAAUAUGUAUGCCAGAGGUGUUGAAUAUUACAACACCAAGAAGCAGACUCCCAUCACAUGGACAGACCAGUGGGUGUUGGACAUGAAGCAAACAGUCAAUGCUUGCAAAAUCUUUGUUUACUACAUUGUCUUUAACUUGGCCGCGCUGGGGAUUGGUUCUGUUACCACGUCCUUGGUUGGUUCCAUGUCCACCAAGGGUGUUCCCAACGAUUUGUUCAACAACUUCAACCCCUUGACAAUCAUUAUCCUCUUGCCCAUUCUUGAUAAGGUGGUAUACCCAUUUUUGAGAAGGCACAAGAUUGAGUUUAGACCAAUUUGGAGAAUCGCAUUGGGGUUGACUCUUGGUGCGCUUGGUCAAGCAUGCGGGGCCAUAUUACAGGACCAAGUGUACAAGACAUCGCCAUGUGGACAAUUUGCCACUACAUGCGACCGUGCCUCGCCCAUCAGUGCCUGGGCCGCCACUUCCAUAUACUGUUUGGGUGCUGCUGGUGAAUGUUUUGCCAAUACCACGGCUUAUGAAAUCAGUUACACGAGAAGUCCUCCACACAUGAAAGGUCUCGUUAUGGCCAUGUUUCUUUUCAUGAGUUCUAUCUCAGCCAUGAUUUCGCAAGCCACUUUACCAGCGUUGGUUGACCCGUACUUGGUUUAUCCGUUCAUUGCCAUCACGGUUAUUGCAUUUGCUGCCGCUAUCUUGAUCUUGAUUCAGUUUAGAAACUUGCAUAAGGUUAUGGAAGUUGAGAGGUUGGAGCGGGAGAGGAUGGAAAGGGAAGAGAAGCAGCAACGGGAAGAAUCAAAGGGAACUGGCAAUGCCAUUGAAGCUGUGGUAAGUAGAGCUUCAGCAGCUCCUAUCUAG